CAUCAAUUCGGAUGUAAAAUCAGAGUGAGGAGCCCAUAUGCGGUCUGGUAGCAGCCAGUGAGCAGGUGUUUGGGUGCGAUGAAUAGAGAGAGGAGAGUGGGUGAUUCUCCCCCCUCCACCAUGUGAUGACGGUCAGACUGACUGUGUCACCGGAGCGAUGGUUUUAGUCACUUUCAACAGCAACUAAACGGCAACAGUAGCACUUGACGUAAAGCCUCCACCACAGAACCGGAGCAGCACGGCGCUCAGAACAACGGGACAUGAAGUUGGUCCAACAUCCAAACAAUUUGGUACCAAACACACAGAAUGGAAAUAGACUGCAGGCUGGAUGGAGUGAGGAUGUCGACGGAAUAUGUCGCCUUGAUUCUUCGACUGUAAUUUCUAGCAGUCGGUGACAGCAUCUCUCUGAUUUUGAAUUGAAAUGCUUUCGGAACAUUUUACCUACCAUUCAAUAUUGUCCGUGGACGUUGAAGCCAGAACGAUGACUCACUUACAAUCCGGCUUGUCCCCAGAAACACUGGAGAAAGCCAAGGUGGAGCUAAAGGAGAACCCCGACACUGCACAUCAGGACAUUCAGGAGGUGAGGGACAUGAUUAUCACGCGCCCAGACAUUGGCUUUCUUAGGACAGACGAUGCUUUCAUCCUACGCUUUCUCAGAGCUCGGAAAUUUAACCAUUUCGAGGCGUUCCGCCUCUUGGCCCAGUAUUUUGAGUAUCGUCAGCAAAAUCUGGAUAUGUUCAAAAACCUCAAAGCAACCGAUCCGGGCAUCAAGCAAGCUCUCAAAGACGGAUUUCCGGGGGUGUUGACCAACUUGGACAGAUAUGGCAGGAAAAUACUGAUUCUCUUCGCUGCUAACUGGGACCAGAGCAGGUAUACAUUUGUGGACAUACUGCGAGCUAUUCUGUUGUCGCUGGAGUCCAUGAUAGAAGAUCCAGAGUUACAGGUGAAUGGAUUUGUCCUGAUCAUCGACUGGAGCAACUUCACAUUCAAGCAAGCCUCCAAACUAACACCGAGUAUGCUGAGACUGGCCAUAGAAGGUCUACAGGACAGCUUCCCUGCCAGGUUCGGAGGAAUCCAUUUUGUGAACCAGCCGUGGUACAUCCACGCCCUUUACACCGUCAUACGCCCCUUUCUGAAGGACAAGACGAGAAAACGGAUCUUCAUGCAUGGGAACAACUUGAACAGCCUUCACCAGCUCAUGCACCCUGAGAUCCUGCCCUCUGAGCUGGGUGGGAUGAUGCCCCCCUACGACAUGGGCACCUGGGCCCGCACCCUUCUGGAGCAUGCCUAUGACGAGGAGACAGAGUACUGCCCCGAGUCCUACACCCUGUCUGUCAAAGACCUGGAGAAAGACCUGUCUCCCAGAGCCAUGAAGAGGUCCCAGUCGGUGGUGGAGCCCGGAGUGCUUAAACGGACAGAAAAAGUGAAGAGCGAGGAGGAGAACAUGCAGCCGCUGCUCUCGCUGGACUAAAGUACGGCUCGACAACACAAGCAGACCAAGAAACAUCGCCCUCAGACAAAAAGACAGACAGAGGGGAGAGAAUUCCCAUGCUCCCUCAAACAAACAAAAAGAACACAGAGACAUAACGAUGCGAGGGAAGAGAUUGGAGCACGAGGAGAACCUCUUCUAGCAUCAUAAUGACGGGCAAAGCCGGCAUUUUGAGAGAUAUUUCUAAAAACAAAAAGGGAAGAGAAGCUAAUGGUGGAGGUCCAAAUGUGCCAAUUCAAAACUGUAAAUACACUUCUGAUCUAAACACUAGGAGGAUGGUGGAGUCGUUGUGACAAGAAAACAUGUAAAGACUGCUGUUAAUAUUCUGUAUGUGCUUCUCGUGAAAUAUUUUGUGAUAAAAGUGGUACCACCGGAAGUUGAUGGGAAAUCACGCUUAAAGGGGAUUGGAAGCUGGGGGCUUUUGGUACAGUAUUUAACAUUUCCAAACCGGCAAGUGCAGCUCGGGAUAUGUUCUAAUAAUGUUUUAUUUUUAUUUUUUACAUUUAACCUUUAUUUAACUAGGCAAGUCAGUUAAGAACAAAUUCUUAUUCACAAUGAAGGCCUACCGGGAUCAGUGGGUUAACUGCCAGUAACCAUGAAAACAUGACAAAUGUCUCAUAUAUUGAAAUGAUUUAGUAUCAGCUAUUGGUUCAGCUCAGAAGAGGUAACGGUGUUGUGGCUGUGUCAUGUGAUUCCAAAAAUGUGUUCUAUUCAAGGAUUAUCUUGAAGCGAUCUGUUUCAAUAGGAGAGAUGUUGCCCACUACAGCACAUACCUACUUGAAAACCAAUUUAGAUACACUAUUUAAAAGAUAUAGAUAUUAUUUUCCUCAUAUCUUAUUUUAGGAUGCUGGAAGUUAAGAUACAGUAUAAUGUAUACUUACUUAUAUAUGAUAUCAAGCUUUUGUGAUGGCUGCAGGGAUACAGUCAGUUUAUGUCACUGUGUGAUCUUCCGUUGCUCGCUCCUUUGUUUCUCCCCUGCAUGGCGGUGAAGCUCGAGGCAGUGUUCAGCUCUGGAGCCUCUGAGCCCUGACACAGUGCUGCCUUCCUGCUAUGUCACUAACAUGGAUUCACUCUGGCGUGGCUGCCUGGCUGCCCAGAACUAGGCCAGACAGAUCGACAGUCCUAAUACCCAGUGAUCACAUGGUCCAGGCAAUAUCAUCUCCAGCUCGAUGACUGAGGGACUCAGCUGCUGCAGACCCAGGAACCUCUUUGGUUUCUUUGGUGAAGUGAGGGCGCCGUAACAGCUUGUCAGUGUUACCCAGUCUGUCUGUAGUGGCCGUUAGGUAGUGAUGUGUGAGAGGCGUUGCAAUAACCCGAUAGCUGAACAAGGGUAUUGUUAUCUGAAGCCUCAUUGAUCGGAUGCUGCUGUCUAUGUGUUUCCCCCUGGUUUAAAGUAUUUCAUGUUUUUGUGUGAUGUUCAUCAGUAUUUUAAGGCAUCCGUGACUCGUUUGUCCUGUGUACUAUUCAGAUCAUCCUACGUUACAGAAAGAUGAUGCAACAACAGCAGCAGCCUUUUGAGGGUUGAACACGUGUUUGAGAAUUGAAUAUGUUUAGCAUUCGUAAUAUUCUUCGAACUAUUUUCAUGUAUGCAGACUUGCCAUUUCAACCAAAGCCCCCCUUUGACAAAACAACGUCUUUAUUGUAUCAUGCUUUACUUCAUCCAUGGCUUGAAGGUACAGUAACGACUUCUUAUGACAGUUAAUAAUUGUUCAUGAAUUGAAUGCAUAUUAUUGCUUUGAGUUAAUCCUUUGGUUUCAUGUUUCCGUGUCAAUUUGAUUGUAUAUACACUACCGUUCAAAAGUUUGGGGUCACUUAGAAAUGUCCUUGUUUUUGAAAGAAAAGCAAAUUUUUUGUCCAUUAAAAUAACAUC